GCAGAACUCAGGAAGAGGGGCAGAGUUGGGGGACAACCUACAUGAACAACUGUAGAGAGAGAAGGCAGCAUUUUCUUUCUUUCUUUUCUUUUCUUUCUUUUUUUAUUUUUUUACCAUGGCAGGAACAAAGGAUUUUUUGAUGCUGGAAAACUUCAUAGGUGGACAAUUUUUACCAUGUCAUUCAUAUAUAGAUUCUUAUGAUCCAUCGACUGGGGAGAUAUACUGCAAAGUGCCAAAUAGUGGAAAAGACGAGGUUGAGGCUGCCGUGGAGGCUGCCAGAAAGGCCUUUCCUGGCUGGUCUUCCCAGAGUCCCCAGGAACGAGCCCAGGUCCUGAAUCGGCUGGCUGACUUGCUGGAGCAGUCUUUGGAGGAGCUGGCCCAAGCUGAAUCUAAAGACCAAGGGAAAACUCUCACACUAGCUAGAACCAUGGACAUUCCCCGUUCUGUACAGAAUUUCCGGUUCUUUGCUUCCUCCAUCCUGCAUCACACAACCGAGUGUACACACAUGGACCACCUGAGCUGUCUGCACUACACGCUGCGGACCCCCGUGGGAAUUGCUGGGCUGAUCAGCCCUUGGAAUUUGCCACUCUACCUGCUGACCUGGAAGAUAGCUCCAGCCAUUGCUGCUGGGAAUACUGUGAUAGCCAAGCCCAGCGAGCUGACGUCAGUAACUGCGUGGAUGUUGUGCAAACUCUUGGAUAAAGCAGGUGUUCCACCAGGUGUGGUCAAUAUUGUCUUUGGAACAGGGCCCCGGGUCGGUGAGGCCCUGGUGUCCCACCCCGAGGUGCCUUUGAUCUCCUUCACUGGGAGCCAGCCCACAGCCGAGCGCAUCACCCAGCUAAGUGCUCCCCACUGCAAGAAGCUCUCUCUGGAGCUUGGGGGCAAGAAUCCUGCCAUCAUUUUUGAGGAUGCCAACCUGGAGGAAUGCAUUCCAGCGACCGUUAGAUCCAGCUUUGCCAAUCAGGGUGAGAUCUGUCUCUGUACCAGUAGGAUCUUUGUUCAGAAGAGCAUCUAUGGUGAAUUUUUAAAGCGGUUUGUAGAAGCUACCAGAAAGUGGCAAGUUGGCAUCCCUUCUGACCCGUCAGCCAGCAUGGGUGCUCUGAUCAGCAAACCACAUUUGGAGAAGGUCAGAAGUUAUGUCAAGAAAGCUCGAGCUGAAGGGGCUCGAAUUCUUUGUGGUGAGGGGGUAGAUGUGUUGAGCCUUCCCCCCAAGAACCGGGCAGGCUACUUCAUGCUUCCCACAGUGAUAACGGACAUUAAGGAUGAGUCCUGCUGCAUGAAGGAAGAGAUAUUUGGUCCAGUGACGUGUGUGGUCCCCUUCGAGAGUGAAGACGAAGUGAUUAAAAGAGCCAACAGUGUUGAUUAUGGUCUGGCAGCUACAGUGUGGUCAAGCAACGUGGGGCGAGUCCACCGGGUGGCAAAGAAGCUGCAGUCAGGCUUGAUCUGGACCAACUGCUGGCUCAUCAGGGAGCUGAACCUGCCUUUUGGAGGGAUGAAGCACUCAGGGAUAGGAAGAGAAGGAGCCAAGGACUCUUAUGACUUCUUCACAGAAAUCAAAACCAUCACUGUGAAACACUGACCUUUCCUUGCACGGAUGCCUGCUGUGAGCCGUCCAGCCUGGAAUGUGGCGAUCCUAGCACUCAUCCCACCAUGUCUUGCUUACAGGAGGCUAGAUC